GAAAAAAUGGUUUUAUAUUUUAUCGUGGAAAGCUUUGAUUCAUUAGUAGUUUAAACGGGACGAUCUGUUUUGAUCUGUUGUCAUGGAACACUGCGGACAGUACACGAUCCUUGGAAACAUUGGCGAGGGAGCUCAUGGAAUUGUUUUCAAAGCUAAGCACAUUGAGAGUGGCGAAGUUGUUGCUUUAAAGAAAGUUCCAUUGAGAAAGAUUGAGGACGGAAUACCAAAUACUGCAUUGAGAGAAAUUAAAGCAUUACAAGAAAUAGAAGACAACCAAAAUGUUGUCAAGUUGAUUGAUGUGUUCCCUUAUGGGACUGGAUUUGUGUUGGUGUUUGAGUACAUGCUCUCUGAUCUGUCUGAAGUCCUGCGCAACUCUGCCAGACCCUUGACUGAGGCUCAGAUCAAAAGCUACAUGUUGAUGUUGUUAAAAGGUGUAGUGUUUUGCCAUGAGAACUCUAUAAUGCAUAGGGAUUUGAAGCCUGCAAACUUGCUCAUCAGUUCUACUGGACACCUUAAGAUAGCAGACUUUGGUCUUGCUAGGGUAUUUUCCAAUGAUGGCAACAGACAAUACAGUCAUCAAGUGGCUACAAGAUGGUACAGAGCCCCUGAACUGCUGUAUGGAGCAAGGAAAUAUGAUGAAGGAGUUGAUCUCUGGGCAGUUGGUUGUAUUUUUGGAGAGCUCCUCAACAAUUCUCCACUUUUUCCAGGUGAAAGUGAUAUUACACAGCUUUACUGUGUACUUCGAGUAUUGGGAACCCCCAGCCAAGGCCAGGGAAUGACAGAACUACCAGAUUAUAACAAAAUCGUUUUUCCUGAAAUGCCGCCAAUACCUCUAGAGAAUAUUGUUCCUGAUGCUUCACCAGAGGCGAUAGAUUUGCUGAAACGCUUCUUAGUGUAUCACUCUAAAGAGAGAAUUUCUGCAAAAGAGGCCUUAUUGCAUCCAUAUUUCUUCACGGAACCACUUCCAGCUCACCAUUCUGAACUACCAAUCCCAGCACGCAAUGCGCGGAAGACAUCAGGACGAGGCCCGUUACGUCAUACUUUUGACAUUGAUGUUCCUCUGGAGAAAUCUCUUGUCAAUCCCGCGUCGCUUGUACAUAAUGUUGUGGGCAUGCCAGAUUUUCACACUUGAGGUCUUUUUAAUUUCGUCCUUAGAAAAAUCGACUUUUGGAAUAGUUUUCAAUUGAAAGUCGAAAAUAAUACUGAAUUGCUUUGAUUUUGCUUUAGUUCGUCGUGUGAUUGGUCCAGAGCAGUCUUCUCGAUUUCGCUGGCAACCAGAUUCAAAACAAAAACCCUUUUUCCCGCGUUAAAAGCAGUUUGCUUGUCUCAUUUGUUAUUUCUUGUGAAUUCUCAUUGGCUCGUUGUACUCUUUUGCUCUUCUCUGAUUGGCUAUUGUAAUCACUUUGGUUGUGUUUGAACGACAGUCAAUCGAAAUGAUAUGGGAAUGCACGCCUGGAGCCUUAUGGGUCAUAUGAUAAACUUCCCUUAUUACUCAUGCACCUGUUGUUGAAAGUUUUUUUACUCGCGUUUCUCUUUUAGUUAAAACCGCUUCCAUGUUAGGUAAACCAACUUCAUACCAGACACGUUGCCAUUGUUAUGAAUUUCUAGAAAUAUUGCUUUGUUACUGCCAUACAGUAAAAGAGAGUCUUGUUUCUUGCGUCGAAAACUAAUAAUCCAACCGUUUAUUUCUGGCGCCUAUGCCACAGAUAACAAGGAAAAAGCAAAUUUAUACCCUUAAAAGAAACUACAUUAAAAUCUCGUUUCUGAGGGACAACUA